AUGGUCAAGAAGAAGUCGAGCGCAUCGGGCGCGCCCAGCGGCUUCGACGCCUCGUCGACUUCGAGUCUCAUAAUCUGCAGGAACAAACACUGGCGCUACAUCUCCUCCUUCCACGGACCAUGGCUCCAACUACCCCCCGAAAUCCUCGACUCCCUCGCCCACCAAAACUACACCAUGCCCGCGCCCCGCCUCGUCGACCCCGCCGUCUUCUACGACGUCGUCAAAAUCCGGCGCGCCGUCGACGAAGCCUCGCAGGACUCGGUGCGCGCCUCGACGGGCCUCAGCAACACCGCAAUGAACAACAGCCGCACCGACUUCUACGGCACAGGAGGCGGCGGGCCAGGGACGCAGCUGAGCAAAGAGCGCAUAUUCAAGAUCCGGCAGAAGGCGGUCAAGUUGUUGGCCAAGGCGUUUACGCUGGAUGAAGUGGCGGCCAGCGUGGCGACGAUGCAGGCUACGAGCACGGUGGAGGAUGUGGGGAAUCAUGUGCUGAAGCGCGAGCCCGCCAAUCUCGACGCUAAAUACGUGCACUUCUUCCACGAGAAGAUCCCUUCGCGCGCCAUGGAGCAGUAUACCCCGCUGGACCCGCUGAACGAAAUCAUCUCCUCCCUGCCCUUGGAACAGCAGGCUCCGCCGUUGCGGACCAGGGCGUUGGUGCAGAUUUUCAAACAGCAGUGGGAGGGCGCGGCGGUGGAUCUGACGGCAGCGCUGCGCAUCACGGAGGAGCUGAAGCGCAUGCACAAGCCGAAUAAGCAGGAGUUGGAGCUGGCGAGUAGGAUGCGUGAGGAGCAGGAGGCGUGGAAUAAAGGGUCGCGCGAUUGGAAGUCUGUUCCUCUCGUGAAAGAGGAAGAUCAGCCGAAGAGUCUGGAGAUGCAACUGCUCUUCAACCGUGCGGGCGUCUAUCUGACCAUUGCCUGUCAAAGCGUGCCUGCUGCCCUCCACGGACUGAAAGAAUACCAGGCCGCGCACGAGAAGGGCGAAACGAACGGAGUGGACGCCAAAGCGCAAGCGCUGCGACUCGAGGCGCGGAAGAAAGUGAAGACUUAUGCGAAGCGUGCGCUCAAGGACUACAUCGCUUUCUUGUCCCACUUCGACUACACCCCGGGUCUGCCAUUUGAAAUCACGAAUGAAAUCAUGCGGCGUGUAUACGACCUCGCAAACGGUACCAAGACGCAGCCGCCCAGCAUCCCGAAGAGCAGACUCGUGGAGCUCAACGACUCCAGCGACGAAGCGGCCAGCGAGAAUGGCGAAGCGACCCCAGCAUCCUCCACAUCAGCAGCAGUCGUAAAGCACCAGAAAGCCCGACCAGAGCCCUUCGAACGCGGCGAAGACGGCUGGCCGAAAUUCCCCGCCCCGCGCAUCCACCCUGCCGGCGCCCUCUUCGCCGAACGCCCCAUCCCCGACCUCCCUCCCUUCCCAAGCGAAGAGACAACAGCCGCAAUGCAGAACAACGACACCAUCAACCAAGCCUUCGGCAGCCGCGAAGCAGUCACCUACCACCCCCUGCUAACCGACGCCCUGCACUCUCUCCUCCUCUGCCACUCCCUGCUGCAAACAAGUCCGACGGAGCUCCUGCGCCACGCGCACAACGCCGCCCGCCUAGCGCGCAUCGCAGACGGCUACCCCAUUUUCCAAGCCGCGCGCUCCCCCGCGCGAGCAGAUUGGAUCGAAGUCCUGCGUCGCGCAAACAACUGGCUCGGCCUGUCCGUCCCCUGGCAAAAGCUGUGCGCCCCUGCGCCCCUUCCGGACGCGGCUGGCGGCUGGGCAAAAGAAGGCGGCGGUGGGCCUGGCGCUCUCGCGAAGCGAGCAGCAGCGGGUGCCUCAGCGGACGCCAAGAAAGAGGAGACCGCGGACCAGAAGCGCGAGCGCAUCAAGCAGGAGUCCAUCAUUGAAGCUCUAUCUGAUGACCGCGUUGUGGACGAGGAAUCUUUCCAGCGGGCGGUGCGUGCGCGCGAGCGCAGAGCCAUGGAAGACGAGCAAGGGAUUUCCGGGCCGUUGAAAGAUCGCGAGCACGCGGUUGAAGAAGCGCCUGCUGAUGCCGCGGAGCGAGCUGCUCCCGCCACGGCCGCCGCCGCAACUCCAGGAGCGACGGACACUGCAGCGCAGCCGAAACGCUGGGCGCAGGAUGAGAAUGGGAGGGAGUACCCCAUCUCCACGGACCGGGCGGAAGCGAUCUCGCGAUGGAUCAAGGAGGCGCCUUUGUCCAUGGGCGGGGGCAAGAAGAAGAAGGCGACGCGAAAGAAGAAGCCUGCUGUCAAUGGGCAUGCAAAUGGCGUGCACGAGGUCGCGGAUGGUUUGCGGGAGUUGAAUGUGGACGAAGAUGGUGAGGAAGGGCCUGAUUAA